ACCAAAAGAGAAUUAAACAAAAAAGAAAAAAUGAAAAAAAUAAAUGAAUUAAAAUAAUGAGUGACAAGAGGUAUACUAUAAAGAAGCAGUGAGGCCUAGUCUGGUGUUUCUAAAGCUUAACUACUUGCUCUAAGCUUUGUGAUACAAACUCUCUCUUUUUCUCUCAUUCUACAUUUGUUCUCGUCUUUCAACUAGCUUUGAGUUAGUUCUUCUAAUCACAAGAACAAGAACUCAAGGGGGUGGUGUUGGUGUUUGGAGAGAAAGAAAGAACAGAAGAGAGAAAGAAGCAGUGUGGUUGUGAAGAAAAGGUUCGAAAAGAAAGGGGGUGGUGUGGGGGGGGUGGUUUUAUCCAAGUGAUGCGCUCAGGAGCUUGUACAUUGCAACAGACCCUCACAGCGGAGGCUGCUUCAGUGUUGAAGCACUCUCUCGGGUUGGCACGCAGAAGGGGCCAUGCACAGGUCACCCCUCUGCAUGUGGCUGCAACUUUGCUGAGCCUAAGAGCCAGUUCUCUCAGAAGGGCUUGCCUCAAGUCUCAGCCACACCAAACCUCACACCCUCUUCAGUGCAGGGCCCUUGAGCUUUGCUUCAAUGUGGCCCUCAACAGGCUCCCAACCACUCCAGGCCCAUUGCUCCACUCUCAGCCUUCCCUCUCCAAUGCCCUCAUUGCUGCUCUCAAGCGGGCCCAGGCCCACCAGAGAAGAGGCUGCAUUGAGCAGCAGCAGCAGCAGCCUCUUCUCACCAUCAAGGUUGAGCUUGAACAGCUUAUUAUAUCCAUCCUUGAUGACCCUAGUGUUAGUAGGGUUAUGAGGGAAGCUGGUUUUUCCAGCACUGCUGUUAAGACCAACAUAGAGGACACUUCUUCAGCUCCUUCUGUUUUCCAGUGUUACAACGCUUCUGGUGGCGUUUUCUCCUCUCCUUGCUCUCCUUCUCCAAGUGAGAAUCAGAGAGAUAGCAUCAACACUGUCAAUGCUUUCAGACAGAACCAGAACCAGAACCACUUCCUGGCUGCUUACACUUCUGAGUUGAAGAAGGCCUCAGCCUCAGUGUUUCCCAUCACUGAGUCACUACCACCAAACUCUUCCAAGGAGGAUAUCAAGGUGGUUCUUGAUGUCCUCUUGAGGAAGAAGAAGAGGAACACUGUCAUAGUUGGUGACUCAGUGCCACUCACUGAAGGCCUUGUGGGGGAGCUCAUGGGGAAGCUGGAGAGAGGAGAUGUGCCUGAUGAGUUGAAGUCAACACAUUUCAUCAGGUUUCAGCUUGCACCGGUUUCUUUAAGGUUCAUGAAGAGGGAUGAAGUGGAAAUGAGCCUCUCAGCACUGAAAAGGAAGGUGGAUUCUGUUGUUACAUCAGGAGGAGGAGGUGCUAUUUUCUAUGUUGGAGACCUGAAGUGGACAGUGGAAGCAAGUGAAAAGGAGGAUGGGGAUGUUUGUGGUUAUAACCCAGUUGAUCAUCUAGUUGCUGAGAUAGGGAAGCUAUUUUGUGACUCCAACACUAAGGUGUGGCUUCUGGCCACAGCAAGUUAUCAAACAUACAUGAGGUGCCAAAUGAGGCAACCCCCUCUUGAGACUCAGUGGUGUCUUCAAGCUGUUCCUGUUCCAUCAGGUGGACUUGGCUUGAGUCUUCAUGCUUCCAGUCUUCAUGAUUCAAAGAUGACAAUCUCCCAGAACCCGUCUCUUAUGCUGGAAACAAGACUCUUCAAGGAGGAGCAGGAUAAACUCAACUGUUGUGAAGAAUGUGCCUCCAAUUAUGAAAAAGAAGCUCAGUUGUUCAAACCAGGCCAGAACAAACUGUUGCCUUCCUGGCUUCAGUCUCAUACCACAGAAGCCCAUCAUAAGGAUGAGUUAAGCCAGUUGAAAAGGAAAUGGAACAGGCUAUGUCAGUGUCUCCACCAGAGCAAGCAGCCUCAGAAUCAUUGGAGCAACAGUUUACAUGGCAACCACAGUUCAAACGGAAAGAUCUACCCUUACAACUCAUCAUACCCUUGGUGGCCAAACCAAGGAAGUGUGUUCACAGAUUCAAGCUCAAUAUCUUUUGCUGAUUCAGCUGCCAAACCCGCAUAUAGCUCCAACAUUGUCCCUCGGUUCCGGCGCCAGCAAUCAUGCACCAUUGAGUUCAAUUUCAGUGAUGUGAGUCAGAAAAAGCCAUCACCACCAGCCUUGGACUCUCUCAAGGGCAUGGAAGGUAAUAACGAAGUAAAGAUUACUCUUGCUCUUGGCAAUUCAACAUUCGGUGGUUCGGGGCAAACGGUGGAAAAUAUCAUAACUACUACUACUGAUAGAACACUGCGACGAGCUCAUAUUUGUAAACUGUUGCAGGAGAAUGUGCCAUGGCAAUCUGAGACGGUUUCUUCCAUAGCUGAGGCCUUGGUUGAUUCCAAAUCUGCAAAGCAAAGUGCUACUACUUGGUUGUUGUUGCAAGGAACUGACUCUAUUGGGAAAACAAGGUUGGCACGUACUAUUGCUGAAUCAGUGUUUGGCUCAGUGGAUAUGCUCCUUCACUUGGACAUGCUGAAAAGCAAGGAGAAUAAUUCAGCAACCCCGUUUGCUGAAAUGGUGGCUGGAGCAUUGAAGAGCCAUGAGAAGCUUGUGAUUCUGGUAGAAAGUUUGGAUUUUGCGGAUGCCCAUUUCAGGAAGUUCCUUGUUGAUGGGUUUGAGACUUCAAAGUUUGGAAAUUUAAGUAGGAAUGAAGAGAGUUCAGGCCAAGCAAUAUUUAUUUUGACCAAUGGUGAUAGUAGAGGCAGUGAAGAGGAGAACAAGAAGGAGUCUGUGAUGAAGUUGGUGUUGCAGGUAAAUGAAACCAAGCCUACCUUGGAGUCUUCAUCACCUUGUUUGGGUCAAAAGAGAAGGGAUGAAGUACUGGAUUUGUUUACCAAGGUUAAGAAACCAAGGAUUGAGGAGAAGGAGGAGGGUGUAUUGGUUUAUGAACAAGGGAACAGAAAGAAAGUGUUUUCAAGGCAUUCAAGCUUUAACAAUCUUGACCUGAACAUGAAAGCUGGUGAAGAAGAGGAUGAUGGGGAAGAGAAAACAGGUGGAAGCAGUCCAAUUUCAAGUGAUUUGACAAGGGAAACUGUGGCAGAUCCAUUGAGCUGGAAUGGGUGUCUUGAGUCAAUUGAGAACAGGUUUGAGUUGAAUGAGAGGGAGAGGGAAGUGGGGGAGAUGUUUUUGUCAAAGAUAAAAGAGUCUUUUGAGGAGGUAUAUGGGGUGGUGAAGUUUACUGUAGAGGAGAGGGUGAUAGAGGAAAUUGGUGUGGGGUGUGGUACAUUUACUAACAGCAUGUUUGAGAAAUGGCUGAAAGACAUUUUUCAAAGCAGUUUACAGACAGUUAACUUUGGUGGGAGGGAGGGUAUAGGUUUUACACUUUGUUGGGGUGGUAAAGGUGAUAGGAAAUGGGAUAGUGGCUUCAUGGGUUCAUGUUUGCCCAACAAUGUUCAAGUUAACUACUUCAUGGAUUGACUGACUUUGGAUAAUAGUGGGGGGGUUUGUAAAAUGCAAGUGAUAGCCUUUGUGUAACUGCUAAUUUUCAUUAUAGAAUGUGCUUGUUUUUCUUCUGUUUUCAAA